AUGUCGUACAAUCACCAUUUCGGCGGCUCGUCGAGUGGCAACUUCUACGGCUCCACUUAUGGGUCGAGCCUGAAACCGUUUUCGGCGUCCUCGUCCUCUUAUCACCACCGUUCGACGAGUCCGAUGGGGUCCCGGUCAGCCUUGGGCGGAAAUUACGCCAGUGGACACACCUCUUCGUCGCUGACAUCGGCGUAUUCCUCGACACCGUACGGUUCGUCUUACGCGUCGCCGUCGACGUCGUACUCUUCGCCCGUGUCCGCUUCGUACGGUUCCCCCGCAGUUUCGUCGUAUUCAUCGCCUUCAUAUUCUCCAUCGCCGUCGAGUUCGUCGUAUGGAGCGUAUUCGUCAAAGCUUCAUCGAUCGGCGAGUGGACGAUCCUAUCACAGGCCGGCGACCACGAUGCUCGGCGGCUAUUUGGCCAGUGCUAGCUCCGCUGGGAAUCUCGGCGGCGGUGCAAUGACGCGAGCUUCCUCUGUGUCAUCUUUGGCGUCCAGGGUGUCUGAGGGCUACGGAUCAAGUCCCAACAUUGCCGACCGUGGACUCAACCGUGGAGGAAGCAGAUAUGGAAACUCAGGUGCUGCCUCCAGCCCAGCGAGUGUUGCAGGCGAUUCUCGUCCAGCCAGCAGGGCUUCAGAAAACGGAGAAGUUGACUACAAGAAGUUAUACGAGGAGAGCUUGCUGGAGAACGAGCUCUUGAAAGACAAGUUGAAGAAAACUGAGGAAGACUUGACCGAUGCUCGACUUCAAAUUGACAAGGUUUUACAGUUGGUGAGUAAAGAGCGGGCUCCGAAUCGUAAUGCCCUCUCCGAUGUUGACAAACGGGAAAGAAGAGCGUUGGAACGCAAGCUCUCUGAGAUGGAGGAAGAGUUGAAGCUGUUGCAAAAGUUGCGUGCGGAAAAUGAGAAACUGAAAGCGGAGAACCGCGCGCUGACCAGGGUUGUGUCCAAGUUGACAAGUGGUUCUUUGCAAUUCCCUCCAACGAGCCCAAGUCCAGGGUCGCCUGAACAUCCUGUUGGAAAGCCGCCACAGUUUCCUGUUCCUCAGUCCCCUUAAUAUUUUUGAUGCUUAGCUUUCAAUCAUGCAGUGCACCAAGCCGUCAAUGUUAGAUUUUUGUCAUUUAUGAGAUUCUCCCAAAAUAAUUAUCAGAUCCUAGAAAUAUCACGUAUAUUUGCUACAUUAAAAAUGAUUGUUUUAACGUUAUGGGGGUGUCCUAUUUGUUGUUGCUUUUUAAUUGUCUGGUGAUAGUCAAUUUUUCCUACUUCCCUUAUUUCGUCUGUGGUGGGUACAUCGUCCUGGUGCAUCAAAUUUGAGUUAUUCGAACAGUUGAAGACGGAAAAUCAGCGUCUUCGAGACGAGAAUGGAGCCCUUGUUCGAGUUAUAAGCAAGUUGUCGAAGUGAUCUAAGACUUCAACGAAGACAAUUAUGCUUGCUUGGAAUUCAGCGUCACACGCGAUUGGGAGGAGCCCUAACAUAUUUGUCGCGAAUUUUUCUCUAUUUUUUCAUCUGUUGGUUGAUGUUCAGCGCAAAAAUAGUUCGUCCACCCAGACGAGUUCUCACUUCCUCAGUGGCCUUAUUCUGAUGAAAGAGGAACUUUUACGACAAAAACCAAACGUAUUCUCAAACAUUUUAGAACGAAAAAAAAAAUCUGUGUUUGAUGUUUGCAUAUAUUUUUUAGGCCGACACAUUGUUUGCUUUAUCUCAAUUACGCGAGAUUAACUGCUAGUGCGGGAAAUAGAAAUGAGCAAUGGCCUUUAUACUCGCGGGCAUUUUUGUGGCGCAUUUGAGACCUGACUUUCUAUGAGGCUAAAUUACCUUUCGGUUUCUGUUUUCGCACAAUGCAAUUUACCCUUUUGGUGAACUGGUGGACAAAUUGCUGGGGAUCUGAUCGCAGCAUAAAUCGAGUCGUUCCGAGAACCUGAGCCUGAUACGUACUGAGUAACGUCCCUGCGUUUAUGUGUGCUUCCUAUUGUGCCAGGAAGAAAAGUAAAGAUCAGAGCUCUGAGCCAUGGCUAUAUUUUGUCUCUUCCCUGAGCCAUAUUGAACACGUCCAUUAUUGGUUGGGACGAAGCUUUGCACACUCACCAACGGGGGUACGAAGGUUUAGGCGAAGUUACACGUUUGUAAUGCUUUGUUUGUUAGUUUGUUGGGUGAGCUGGGUUUUCCUUUAUUUUUCGGAACACUCCGUCGGGAAACCCAGGACGGUUUUUCUCCCGAAAUAGCUUUCCGUUUUAUUUUGCCGUGGGAGAAAAUUGGGCGAUGUGCGUGUUUUAGACGUUUCUAAUGUGUAUAUUUAUUCGGAACCCGAAUCGUAACGGUUUUUUUUUUCGAUGAUGGGAGUGUGAGCAUUAAUACAAGUGAUGUGCUUCUUGUGUCUUCCCCUGGUAACUUGUGCCUCGUGGGUAUUGUGAAAGAAACCCGUGGGUUUUGCUGAACGGGAAGUUGGUGUGACUCGCGAGCUUUUUUUUUUUUAAUCCGGGCGACAUUGAGCAUAUUCUGGGUCGUCGAAGGCAUUUUUCUCCUGUCGUUUCUUCGCCGCCGUUCAUGUGGAUCUCCUCGCCAAAUGUUCACCUCGGUAGUCCGGUAUUCUGGAUCCCUGAACUCCUCGAAGUGUUGGACGAUAAAGUCAUAUCGACUGAAAAAUUUCAUGAAAAAAAAAUCUGGAAAUGGAUCUGUGCUCAGUCGUAAUCUUAAAUCUCUUCCUUUUUGCUGUUCCACACCCUGCUCAUGCCUCCGUGAGUUUUAUUUUAGUGCAAUCUAGUCAACGGAAUUGAAAGGAACAGCGGAAUGAUGGAUACAAGAUGCGUUUGGAGGAGUGAGCGCAAAGAUUGCUCUGUUGCUUCCCUCCUUUAAAAAGAUGAAAUUUUCAUCUCUGGUACCUUUAUGACAUUCUCGUGGUCGCUGCUGUGUUCAGCUGACGAUUCAAUUUCUUUCUUGUUCUCCGCUAUUGGGAUGGUGGAAGUCGGCGAACCGGAAAAUUAAUUAUUUAGCGAACGGAUUCCCGGUCCGUUAGGCUUUCCUGUCACGAGAAACGUCGGAAUGGCGUAUUUUCCUUUCUCGGUGUAGAAUUGGAAUAAAGAAAUAUUGGAGCGUU